AUGAAAAAGAUAGAAGAAGUUCAAUCACAAACAAAGAAGGAGAGAAUAGCCACUCAUACUCAUAUCAAAGGCCUUGGUCUUGAUGUCAAUGGAAGAUCUAUCCCUUUGGCCGCUGGAUUUGUUGGUCAGUCAGCUGCCAGAGAAGCUUCUGGUCUUGUAGUGGACAUGAUUCGCCAAAAAAAAAUGGCUGGACGAACACUUCUAUUUGCUGGACCUCCAGCUACUGGUAAAACGGCUCUUGCCCUUGCUAUAUCUCAGGAACUUGGGAGCAAGGUUCCAUUCUGCCCAAUGGUUGGAUCUGAAGUAUAUUCCUCUGAAGUCAAGAAAACAGAGGUGUUAAUGGAGAAUUUCAGAAGGGCAAUAGGUUUACGUAUGAAAGAAAAUAAAGAAGUGUAUGAAGGAGAGGUGAUUGAACUCUCUCCUGAAGAGGGAGACAACUUAACAGGUGGAUAUGGUAAAAGUAUAAGUAGUGUUAUCAUUGGGUUAAAAUCUGUCAAGGGAACUAAGCAUCUGAAGCUUAAUUCAACCAUAUAUGAUGCCUUGAUCAAGGAAAAGGUAGCUGUUGGUGAUGUCAUAUACAUUGAGGCUAACCGUGGGACAGUUAAAAGAGUUGGAAGAAGUGAUGCUUUCGCUACGGAAUUUGAUCUCGAGGCAGAUGAGUAUGUUCCACUACCUAAGGGAGAAGUUCACAAAAAGAAGGAGAUAGUUCAGGAUGUAACACUGCAUGAUCUGGAUGUUGCAAAUGCUCAACCUCAAGGGGGACAAGAUAUUUUAUCCUUAAUGGGGCAGAUGAUGAAACCUAGGAAAACAGAGAUUACGGAUAAGUUACGACAAAAAAAUAACAAGGUUGUUAACCGUUACAUUGAUGAAGGUGUUGCAGAACUUGUACCUGGUGUUUUAUUUAUUGACGAGGUACACAUGAUGGAUAUAGAGUGUUUUUCGUACUUAAAUUGUGCUCUUGAGAGCUCACUUUCACCUAUAGUAAUUUUUGCCACAAAUAGAGGAAUAUGUAAUGUGAGGGGAACAGACAUGUUAAGUCCUCAUGGAAUUCCUGUGGAUUUGUUAGACCGAGUGGUAAUUAUAAAGACAGAAAUAUAUAGUCCACCUGAAAUGAUACAGAUUCUCGCUAUUCGAGCGCAAGUUGAGGAACUAGUAGUGGAUGAAGAGAGCCUAGCUCAUCUUGGAGAGAUUGGACAAUUGACAUCCUUAAGGCAUGCAGUGCAACUCUUAACACCGGCAAGUGUUGUGGCUAAAAUGAAUGGUCGCAAUAGUAUUUGCAAGGCAGAUGUUGAGGAGGCAAGUUGUCUCUACCUCGAUGCAAAAUCAUCAGCAAAGCUUCUUCAGGAGCAGCAAGACAGGUAUAUAACCUGA